AUGUCAGUGCACCUCUCGACUCUCACAGUGCUGGUUCCUCUGCUGUCUCUCGGCGGCUUGCUGUAUUCGGCGAUGUUCGACAAGGAUUUUCCCCGGGGCUGCACCAGUGCCGCCAGUGUGUGCUUCUACAGCCUCUUGCUCCCCAUCACCAUCCCUGUCUACGUGUUCUUCCACCUGUGGAACUGGAUGGGAAUCAAACUCUUCAGGCACAACUAGUCCCAUCUUAAAAACACUCAUUUGUUCCAGGGCGGCAGCCCUGAGUUUCCGGUCAAGAACUUUAUCAUUGGUUAGUCGUGUUUAACCCCUUGUGUGCGUGUUCCUGGUUGUGGGGAUCGAAAAUGUCCUUGAGACAAGGACCUGCAGAUGGGCUGGAACCUUGAGUGCUGGAGUAACUCAGUGGGUCAGGCAGCAUCCGUGGAGGGAAUGGACAGAUGAUGUUUCAGGUUGGGACCAUUCUUCAGACAGACUGAGACAUUGCCCAUUCCCUCAGAUGCUGCGUGUCCUGCCGAGUUCCUCAAGCACGUUGUGCUUUGACGAUGUCCUUGGUUGACUCGGUUCUCGAUGUUGUGCGGUGUUUGUUUUCCGUCUUUCCCCAUGUUCCCUAGCAUUGAUGUCAGUCGAAGUCAGGGCAUCUCGUGGCCCUGUAAAUCUUACUCUUGGUCAGAUGACAAUGUGUUGGACCCCGCAACCCUAGUCUGCGUUUCCACUUGCCCUCUGCUCAAUGACGAUUCAUAUUCAGCCUGAAUCAAGAGAUUGUGGAUUCUUGCCCCUUAAUUUCAGCUGCCACUUCUAGUCCAUAACCGAGGGGGUACUCAGUGAUUUUGUCUGAAAUCCCUGCGUCCUCUUACAGUAGAGAGAUGCCAAGCCCCCUACUUUGAAGAGCAGCAGAGUUGUUGCUGCCCUGCCCCCAGGUCGAAUAUUUAACACUAAACAAAAACAUCACCAGAACUUACGAUCAGAUUUCUAUUGCGUUACAUUUUGUGGGAUCCUGCUCUGCACUGUUGCCAGCCAGGUCUUCAUUUCGGUGCCAGUAGAGCAGGUUGGCAUGUCCGGAGGGGCAAUCCCUGGGGAGGUUCCCUUACUGUGGGCAUGCGAAGGGACAUUGAUCGUCGUGGGAGGCCUUGGGCUCAUUUCCUUGCAGCAGAUUGUCACAAAAACCAUCAAGCAGUCAACCAUUCUAAUAUUCCUGUAGACAUCACAAUCACACUUGUUCCUGCUUGCAGUGUUCACCGUUAAAUAAAAAGCAGUUUGACGCAAUAA